AUGACCGCAAAGCUGUUUUUACUUGUGUUCCUUGGUGCCCUUGUUUGUGCCAAUGCUAGAAGUCUUUCCAAGGAUAAGCAAGGUCAUUCUUUUGAAGAGGAGAAGACCUUCUUCGGCGGUGGUUUGGGAGGAGGUUCUGGUAUAGGAGGUGGUCUUGGGGGAGGUGGUGGCGGAGGAUUUGGUGGAGGCGGUGGUGGUGGAUUUGGUGGAAGCGGUGGAUUUGGAGGUGGUUCUGGAGCUGGUUUUGGUGGUGGUGUACAAUAUGGAGGUGGGUAUGUAUAUGGUGGAGGACUUGGAGGUGGCGGUGGAGGAGGAUUCAAUGGAGGUGGUGGUGGUGGACUUGGAGGUGGGGGUGGAGGAUUUGGUGGUGGUGGUGGUGGACUUGGCGGUGGGUAUGGAGCUGGAGGGGGAGCUGGUGGAGGGUUUGGAGGUGGAUUUCAUUAG